GUUCUUAGUUGUCCAAUUAAUCUACUUCCUUUAGCAGACUCAUAAAAAUUCUUGUUUUGGAUUUUGAUGGAAUCAUUUCAUAAGUGGGGAAUCUGGGUUUUUGGAUGGUCAUCGUCUUGGGGAUAUAACUGUAAUUGUCAUGUUGGGAAGGGUAAGUCUUAUGAUUUGGGCUUCGGUCUCUCUCUCUCGCACUCGCUUUCGGCAACAUCUUCCUUCACAACAGAAAGAAUCCAAUGGAAGGAGAUUAUCAGCAUCACAGACUCACCUCAAUUUCACCUCUUUAGGGUUCCUCUUCUAUUAUGAAUCCCAACUCCUCCGUUCCAUCUACAGUGAAUCCAUCAAUACCCAUCCUAUUAUCCCUCAGCCUCUGUUUUUACCUCGUCACCUAGCAUACUCAAUUCCAACGGGAAGAAGGAAUAGGAUUGGGAAAGGGAAUACAGAGGGUGCUUGCGGUGGAGGGAAUGCAAGGUACGGAGUGAUUGAGCAGUGGGCAUUGUUGUUGAGGAAUGCGUGGCCUAAGGUUAGUGGUGAAUGCAAGUGUUUUGGCCAAUCUCCCCUCCCUGCCUAUGAACCAGCUUUUGACUGGGAAAAUGAGAGGUCAAUGAUAUUUGGCCAGAGGACUCCAGAGACCCCUGUGGUACACCAUGGCAGUUUCAGAAUCUUGCUCGUUACUAAAAUUAUGUUGAGAUUUAUUGGUUUGCUUUAGAUCAAUCUCUCACAGUCUAUGAUAUCUUGUCUGUUGGGAUGGGUGGCCUUAGUGGAUUGAAGAUCUCUGUGAAAGUUCUGUCCCUUGCGUUUCAAGCUGGAAUCGUUGGUUAGUGUUCUUUCCCUGUUAUCCACAAGCUGCUGCAUCUUUAUAAUGUUAAGACCUAGUUCCCUCUAUUUGUCUCAGAGCCAUUCUAUGGUACAAUUUGCUUAUACAAUAGGGAGAGAAGAGAAAAAUUGUCAGAAGAUUUCUAUC